AUGGAUCAACACUCGUCAGCUCAGGCCCGGCCAGAUCAUUAUGAGCCCUACUUCCAUCACCAAACCGACCAGACAGGAAAUGGAGGGUGGAACCCCAUGGCACCAACACCGGAUCUCGACUCUCCAUCCCCGCCGCCACCGCGUCCGGGGGUUUCUUUUGCACCUGUGAGCCCACCACCUCCAGAGCCUCAAGCGGCGGCCGCGGGCCCAGUUAGCCCGUCCAGUGUGGGCCUGGGUAUCGAGUCUAACAACCAUGCUGCCCAGUAUCCGGGGUAUUACUCCAUCUCUCGGGACUCGCUCCAGCAAAACUCAGAUAGCCCUCCGACAACUCCUCCGCCAGUCAACGACCCGUCCAAGUCCAACCUCACAUCACACGAGUACCCCGUCGGCAGUCCCGAUGGAUCCCCUCCGCACUACUACUACCCACAGUCACAUCCAUAUGGCGGCCCACCACCGCCCAAUGGCCCUGGGAAUCCCCGCCUCGCCCGGUUGACCAACUCGCAUGGGUGGAAGAUGGUUAGUGGCGCGUGGCACAUGUACGGAUUGUUCCUUGCCGGGUUCGCUUUCGCCGUCGGUCACCAUGCUUUCUACCACGGCCUUGACGGGAAGCCCGCCGACGACCAGAUCCGCAUGAUGCGCUUCGGCGGUCUCCUAUCCUAUGCCGCCAAAGCAUCACUCGUGGCCGCCGUCGUCUUUGCCUACCAGCAACAUAUCUGGGUAACGGUUAUCAACAACUCACUGCAACUCCGAACCAUCGACAGCCUGUUUGCCGCCGUGACUGAGCCACAGGCUUUGCUGAAUUGGGAGUUUAUCAAGAAAGCUCGCGUGGCAGUGUGCUUGGCUAUCCUAGCAUGGCUCUUCCCCCUUACCGUCAUUCUGACGCCGGCCACCUUGACAGUAGCCCCCUUCACCGAGGUCAAACAUGAGCAGUGCUUUGGUGUCCGCACUCUCAACUUCGAGGCCGAGAGGAAAAAGAACUGGAGGAUGGUCGACCGGCUCAACGGCGUCCGCGGGGUCUCUCUUUCCCUGUGGAACUGCACCGUCCCGAACUCGGUGGGAUUCGCCGAUACGCCCUUCAACGAGACUUACUUUGACUACUGGACCGAGAGUAGCGCCCAAGUCGAGCUGGUGGCAGCCCAGAGCGCACUCACAGGGGGCGUCAUACCCAGAGAAGGGGCCGCUUUUGAGACGUGCGGCGGCGGCUGGAACUGCAGCUACACCAUAUCGUUCACUGCACCGGGGUAUAAGUGCGACACAUUGGCAAAGGGCCGGAAGCUCGACGAAGACGCCCUCAAGCGGCAGGGCGUGCCAUUUAACGCCGGCGAGCUGGCACCCAACGGAAACUAUAGCUACCUGGCCGAGGCCAGCCAGGGCGAAUACUACAACAAGCAAGUUGAUGUCCUGGCGGAUCCCCCCGGCGGCAUACCCGUGAUGGAGCCCCCUUACCCAAAGCACUUGGGCGCCUUCAGGACGGAGCCCGUGCUGUGGAUUGGAUACGCAAACCACACGGGGCCAGGCAAGCCUCCCGAGAACAGCUCGGUCCCUGGCUGGGACACAGCCUUCGAGGCGAUCGUCUUCCGCUGCGAGCACUACCUCAUCAACUACACCGUCCAGUUCAACCACACCUACACGGACCAAACCACCACGGUACUCAACCGAACCUACCUCCGCCCCAUUGUCGACACCAAAUUCCUCCCUGGCGAGAUCUCCGACGACGGCACCCUCGACAACACCACGGCAACCCCCGAAUCCAACUACGUCUUCCCCAGCGACCUCGAAAACUACCGCGAAACCGCCGCCUACCACGCCCUCGGCAAGCGCAUGCGCGCCUACCUCGGCGGACUCAUAAAAUACGCGCCCUUCGCCAUCGUCGAGUCCGAAGCCGCCAAAACCCGCCUCAUCAACACCGAAACCUACCUCCCGCACCCCAACCUCUCGGACCAAAUCCGCGACUUCUACGAAAACAUGACCCUCUCCCUGCUCUCCAACCCCCAAUUCGUCAUCGUCUCCUGGGCCGCCAAGCCCACCCAACGCAGCGGCGUCACCGACCCGCAAGGCAACCCCAACGACGCCCCCGGGCUCGCCUACCCCUGCACCCGCACCCGCGUCGCCAACGCCUACGUCUACAACCGCCGCGACCUGUGGAUCGCCUACGCCGCCGCCAUCGGCGCCGCGCUGUUCGCCGUCGUCCUCGGCUCCGCCGCCCUCCGCCAGAACAACUUCCACGUGCGCGACUCCCACGUCUCCUCCGUCGUUGCGGCCACGCGUGCGCCGUGUCUCGAGGCCCUGCCGUGGAAGGCCAGCAAGUGGGGGGAGGUGCCGCGCGAGAUCCUCGAGCAGAAGUGGGGGUAUGGCGUGGUGGCCGAGCCGGGGCCCAAUGGCACGCCCGCGGCGAUGGCGGUUGCGAUGGGGGGCGCUGUGCCGGGCAUGUGGAUGGGCAUGGGGCCUGGGGCCGGGCCGUAUGCGCAUCCGGGGGAUGUGGGUGGGGGCGUGGGGAGCCCGACGGUGGUGGGCGGAAAGGUGUAUUAUGGGUUUGCGCCGCGGGAUGUGUUGGAGCGGACGAGGGUGGCGACGUUUGGGCCCGGGAAGGCGAGGAGUCGGAUGAGUGCGUUUAGUUUUACGAGGGAUUGGGAACAGCAUUGGCGGGGGCAUUGA